AUGGCAUCGUUGGUGCGAGCUGCUCGGAUCUGCAGAAUCUUACCAUCUUUUACUUCACAUUUCACCAGACAAUCGCCUCUCACCAGAAGUGUCUGUUUGGAAAGACAAACAUGUUUUCCAAAAAAUCCAGCCAUAUUCAGGUGUGCGAGCACCCAGGCUGAAGCUGCUCCCCUUGUCAUGAAUAAUGACUUUGUUCCCACUCGCAGGAAUAAUACUGAACGACUUAUGGUCAGCGUUGAGACUAAUCUUUAUAGAUUUGGUCGAGUGUCUUACAAUCAAGUCCGGGACUUCAUGGAUGAAAUCAACAAAGCAGGAACUGUAACAUCAGCUCAAGCCCUGUUACUGCUGCGAUCCCUCGGUUCCAGUUUGUUCGAUGAACAUCCAAAAUUUCGGUCAGAGACUACCCUGAAAACUUGGGAUAAGUUCCAAGAAUAUGGUCUUCAGUUUGACGUCACUCAUUAUAAUGCUUUAUUGAGGAACCAUCUCCAGAACAAUCAUUCUUUUGAACCAAGCGAGUUUUUGGCAGUUAUGGAAAAAAAUCAAAUUGAACCAAACCGAGUAACUUACCAAAACCUAAUUUCACAAUAUUGUGAAAUGGGAGACAUAGAAGGUGCCAGUAAAAUCCUUGAACACAUGAAGAGUUCUGAUUUGCCAAUUGGAGAACAAGUAUUUAAUUCUUUGAUCACUGGACAUUUCCGCGCUGGGGAUCCUGAAAGUGCCAAAGAAAUUUUGAAUGUCAUGAAAACUGCUGGAUUGGAACCAAGUUGUGAUACCUACGUUGCUCUUGCUUGUGGUUACAUUGAACAAGGCCAAGGAGAACAUGUUGAGAAAAUUCUGCAAGAAGCUGAGGAUGAUGGAAUUCUUGUCCGUCCUUUUGUCCUUCUGAGGUUAAUCUUUGAAAUGGCUCAAAACAAUCAGCAAGAAAUGGCAUCAAAGCUUAUACCAAAACUGUCAUCAUUCCGAAGCUGGAACCAAGAUGCUAUUUCUUGGAUCAACCAAUUGAUCUGUUUUGGCCAUGACCAAAUAGCUUUUGAAGUUUUCACUGCGAUGCCCAAACCACUCCAAAAGGAUGACCAUGAGUUACAACUCGGCCGUUUCUUCAUUCGUGCUCUUGUGAAAAAUUUUGCUUUGGAGUUAAUCAAUAGAAUAGCAGCUGAGAACAUUCCAGUGAGGAAACACUUCUUUUGGCCAGCAUUCUGUCAAUUUUCAGAAAGUAACAAUAAGGAAGGUUUCUUAAAAGCUUUCAAAACGAUGUUAGAUAUGUUUGAAAGUGAAAAAGACACAGCUGUGAUGCAUGAAUACAUUAUUCCUGGAAUGGUCCAGCUUGGAUUCACAGUUGAUGAAAUGCAACAGGCAUUUAAUGAGUUGGGAAUCACCGACAGUGACUUCAACUGCUACUAUUUCUCAUAUUUACUGGAACACACCACUUUUGAAACAGCUAUUGCAUUUGUUGAGAAUAAAACAUUUAUCCCAGUUAUUGGUGCAAUUAAACCAUAUGCACUUAAACAGUUCAAGAAAACUGCUGACUGGAAGUCUUUUCUGAAGAUUAUAAGAUUGUGUAAGGAAAUGAUGGCACCCACGAAACCCCUGACUGAAAUGAUCAACAGUUGGAUAAUAUUGGUGGUCAGAGCGAAAAACUGGAAGUCUCUGGAAGCAAUUCUUGAUGAAAUGAAGUUACAGAAUUUCAGUCUUGACUCUGAGUUCUUCAAUGUGAAUAUUCAGAGUGUUCCCGAAGCUUUACAAGCUAAAUUUGACGAUAUUGUUCAGUCUGAAGAAUCAUCAUCAUCAUUUGAUAGAUUGUUAGCUGUUGAGACACUAUAUUCUUCAGAACUUCCAUGCUUCAGGAAAUUCACCAACAAACCCACUUUCCAAUUAUACACCAGCCAACUUCAAGACUAUGUGACGAAAACAAAUAACAACACAGCUAAGAAAUUGCUUCUUGUACGCUACUGUGCCACUGGGGAUGUUCCUCAUGCUGAAAAACUGAAGGCAUCUCUGGAUAAAGAAGGAUUCUUUUAUCCCCCUCUGGUACUACGCCAGUUGAUCUUCUUAAAUGCUAUGUACAAGAAGGAUUUGAAGGAAGCUCUGAAAUAUCUCACUCUGAUAGAAGACCAAUUUCCCGACUAUACAGAUUACACCAGAGCUCUUCUGAAUGUUGCUGCUUUGAUGAUAAACGAGGGAAAAGUUUCAGAUGCUUUGGCAUUACUUGAGAAAUAUGCUGAGAAACACGGCAAGUAUAUGACUAAUGCACAGAUGUCUUCUGGUUAUGCCUUUGAGAGAGACUGUUGCACUGUUGUAUUCGACUGUGCCAAAACUCAAGACCUUUCUGCAACCAAGAAUGUUCUCACUACACUCUUUAAAUUGGGUUACAUUAAACCAGCCACAUAUGAACUGUUGGAAUCCAUGAUGAAGGGUUAUAUUGAAAGGGAGGACGGUGAGCAGGUACUGGAAGCUCUGGACUGGCUCAUCACAGAAUAUAGUCGAGCCCCUUCUGUUGACAGUAUACUACAGUUGUUUAUUACAAAGGAAGAUCCUGAGAAAUUGCAGAAAGCUAUUGAUCGAGUGACACCGAUUCAUGGUGAGUUAAAUGUACUGCACCAACUGAUGGUCAACCUCGUUGAAUGUGGACAUUAUAAGAAAGCCAAGAAGAUCUUGGAGACCCCAGGUAUACGGGCUGCUAUGAUACGUCUCAAGAUAGGAUGUGAGACCUUAAUUAGUAAAGAAAAGAUUUCUGAACUGGAACAACUUGUGGAGAUGACUAAGAAUUUAUUUGGUGUUGAUAGGGAUGAGAUGCUGUUCCAGUUAAUCAGAGGAUAUGUAAGAAUUCACGACUACAAGAAAGCUAAGAAUGUAUUGACAUUCUUCGAAGAAGAAGGAAUUUCACCAUCAGGCCGUACUUUACGUUACCUGGCUAAUGUACUGGAGAAUAUCGGAGACAGCGUCGACUUCACUGUACCAACUGUUGUUGAUGAUAAAGCGAAACAAUCCACCAUCUUGGAAGAUGAUAUUUUACGCCACGUCAAAGAGAAUCGCAUGAAAACUGCCAAAGAGAUGAUCAGAAGAUUUGAAUCAAGUGGUGAUAAAGUGAGUGAAGAGUUAUUGAUGCUCAUGGCAGAAUUCCUCUUCAGAGUCAACAGAAAAACAGAUCUCGGUUGGGUUUUACAAGAGUUAGGAAGCCGUGGCUCUGUUGAAAAUCUGCUGCUGCUGAAAUCAAAAGGUAUCGACACAGGAAAUGACAUUGUCAGCAAGAACGUCUUCUCAGCCUAUGUAGUCAGUGACCGUUCCGAUGAACUAUUGGAGUUUCUGGGGAAAAACCCUGAUAUGAUCAACAGUUUUAUUUCUGUAAAAGGCAUGGCACACCUAAAAGAGAAAGACCCAGAAAAACUAGUGAAACUUGAAGAACUUGCUUAUAGAUGUGAGCCAAGAACAAAAAAAUCAAUUCUUUGGAAUAUUUGGCAGACACAUUUCUUGGAAAAUCCUUAUAGUUCUUCUGCAUCAGUUAUUUUAGAGAGAAAUUCUGAUUUACUCCAAAAUUCCAGUAUCUUAGGUCUGUGCCGGAAAGCAGUCCAAGAAAAGCGAGAAGAUGUCUUUAAGGUGUUGCCAACCAUAUUUACACAACUCCCAACUUUGAGGUUCAUCUAUGGUCAACAUUUGUUCAUUCCUGUUUCACAAGGUGAUGUGGAAGGUAGUUUGGCUAUCAUCAAAACCGCUGAAGAAAAGGGAAUUCCUGCAACGGGUCUAAAUCAAAAUUCUGUGGCUCAGCUUGAAGCCCUAUUGAAGAGAAAGCAAAUCCCUAUACCAUGGAAGAAUAAACAACAAAGCCAGGCCGUUUCAUCUCAGGCUGCUGACACAACAAGUGACACUAGUGACUCGAGUAGUAGCAGUGAUGGUGGUUCCAGCUCCUCUGAUGGUUCUACAUCUUCAGACAGUUCUGAUUCAGAUUCAGAUAAUGAGAAAAAACAGAUUCGGUGAUAUUGAUGCCAGAUCAUUGCAUAGUCUAUAUAUAGACAGACUCACUGUGUGAUAUAAAUAUUCAUAUUAUAUAUAUAUGUGUGUAUAUAUAUAUAUAUAUAUAUAUAUAUAUAAAAAGACUGGUUAAACAUUACUAGUUUGGUAAUUGUUUUGUGAGGAGUCCCAAAAAUUAGUUUAUUAUCAAUUCACAUAAAACAUCUACAAAAAAGUAUUUAAAUAAAAAAAAAAAGUAAAAGUAUAACAUUAGAUCUUCAUGUUCUAU